GAUUUCUGCAGCAAAAGUGUGAGCAGGAACAGAGAUUGAGGAACUGUUACACUGGGAUCCCAUGCUGGUAGCAGGAGUCUCAGGAAAAAAUAAUCAAAAUAGGUAGGGAGAAAAUUUAGGAACUAAGUUUGGGACAUUCAGAAACAUCCACCCUUUUACCAGAAGGGCUCUCAAAUAGCAUACACCACACACCUGAGCUGCUGGAGGCAGUUAUUUUUAUAGCAGCAGUUCCUGAAUGUUUGGAUCCUGGGGUCAAGCCCUGAAACUCUCUCACAGAUACCACAAUGGACAAAGGAGUGAACAAACACGUGCAUAUCACUGCAUAUUACCAUUUCAAAGGUGCCAUGUGGAUCACAGUCUGGGAACUGCUGCUUUACCGGAAGGGAGGCCAAAAAUCAUUACAGUGGGCAGUGGUGAUGGCCAGGGUUUCAGACUUCCUUGCUCUCAUGUGGAGAGGAUGGCACUUUGCAGAAAACCAAAUCCCUUUCAGGAGAGCAUGACACAGUGCUCUAUUAUGAAACUCAAACAGAAAGGGGAAAAAUUCUAACUUACUCCCACUCGUUCCCUUGAUUCCCCCACUAAAAAUGGGUCUUCAAAUGCAAUAUUAACGAGGAAAAUACUGGACAUGGAUGAUGCCAGGCUUCAUACCCAGGUAUCUCCAGCUUUCCUUUGCAGCACAAACCUAGCAGCAAUCAGGCAAUUCCACAAUCUCAAGCAAAUUAAAGUACAGAGAAAUCCAGCAAUGAUCACGAGGAUAGGAGACUUCCACAUGGUACACUGGGCACGCACUUGGGCAGCACUGGCAGGGUCCCAUUCCAGAGCACAGUUACACUGUGGCCCAGGAGGUUCAGAGGAUCCUCCUGGCUGGUGUCCAUAGCUAUGGUGACCUUCUUACCAGCUGCUGAGACUUUAGAAAAACCACUCAUGCAGGACAGGUUAAGUGCUCCUAGACCCAAGGUCCUGCUCUCCAAAUUGCAGCUCCCUAGAGCUCCUGCAGGUAUCUGCCAAGGACAUGUUAUAGAUCAGCUACAGCAGCAAUCCUCAAAUGGAGGGAAAAAAUUAAUUACUUUCAUGACCUGAAAUCAACCCUAUCGGCUCAAGCUGUCAAUAAGCAGCUGGCUUCCUGCUAAGCACAGACCAGAACCAGCCCUGCAGAAAUUGAGCUGUUCCUGGGAAGCCCCAGGAACACAAUGCAGCCAGCUGUAUCCAUAACACGCUCCAAGGAAACAAUUUCUGCCACAGGCAGCACAGGGUCCUUGUGCCAGAGGAUGCUCCAGAGCUGGAGCUUCUACUGACCAGUCUGAACCUCGUGGCACUGCACCAGGUCUGAAUGAACCACGUGCACGGGCAACCAACACCCCAGUAUGUCCAGUUCCCCAAACUGGGCUACAAUAAAGAUGGCUUAUGGAACCUUCACUACGUGCUGGAGGAAGGACAAUCCCAUUCUUCAGCGGUAGUAAGGGGAUUUCAGAAUGAAGCAGGAAUUCUGUUAACUGGGAAGUGUGUGGUCAUGCAGGUUGCAAGGUGAGGGGGCUUCCAGCUGAGUGUUGCCAAUCCUGUCUGCAAACAACUUGGAUCCACAGCUGCAAAUUAGUUCCUCUGUGCCCCCAGCUCUCCCAAACAGUUAACUUGUGGCUGUGAGACCGUCCUAUCUCCCCGCCUGCUCAACAAUAGAUCCAGCUAAACAAAUGCCUCCUAAUUGACUUUAAGCAACACUUGAUUGCUUUUACAAAAAACAAAAGAGAGGAAAACAUUACGGUUUAUGAAAUAAUGACUAAUCCUGGAGCAAGAGAAAGGGGAUGGGUUGGAGCACUGGUGUCAAACAGAGAUUCAAUCUUGGCUGAAAGAGCCUCAAGACACAUGGGCCAAGUCAUUCACCCCUCCCCAACUGCCCUCAUUUCCACACCUGCUGAUCUAAGCCAAACCCCUGCUAAAAUACAAACAAUCGGGGCCUCUGGCAAAUGAAAAUUGGAGCAUUGUCUUCCCCAUGAGGGCUCUGAAAGGGCUGCACUUAAUGAGGAUGGAUUGACAAAGAGGUGGCUCGUAGGCUAUAAAAGGCAUUCCACAGCCAGGAGCAGCUCAGUCCGGGGUGUGCUGCUGGUUCACUUGCUCCAAGCAUGGUCAGGUCCCUUCACAGGCACCCCUGGAGGUUGGGUGGCCCGUGGCUGCUGGGUCUCCUGGCACGGCUGCUGCUCUGGGGCUCUCCAGGCGCCCGGGCGAGCUACCUGAGGAGAUCCUCCAGCUGCAUGCCCAUCCCACAGCACAUGGCCCUGUGCUACGACAUCGGCUACUCCGAGAUGAGGAUCCCCAACCUGCUGGAGCAUGAGACCAUGACAGAAGUCAUCCAGCAGUCUUCCAGCUGGCUGCCCUUGCUAGCCAGGGAGUGCCACCCAGACGCCAGGAUUUUCCUCUGCUCCCUCUUUGCACCGAUCUGUUUGGACAGGCUCAUCUACCCCUGCCGCAGCCUCUGCGAAGCCGUCAAGAGAAGCUGCGCGCCCGUCAUGGCUUGUUACGGCUACCCCUGGCCCGAAAUCCUCAACUGCAACAAGUUCCCUGCAGAUCACGAACUGUGCAUUGCAGCAGUCUCCGUGGAUGAGAAUUCCUCAAGCAGGAGAAUGCCCCGAGCCAGCUGCAAGGACUGUGAGCUUGAGGAGGCCAGCACUGCCAGGGAGAUCCUGGAAAGCCUCUGUGCAAAUGAUUUUGCAGUGAAAAUCCGAAUCCUGAGGAGGAACACCACCACCACCAUCUCGGACUUCGACCUGGACCCCUCCAAAGUGGAGGUGCUGAAGCACGGCCCGCUGCUCAGAACUGAAAUCCCUGCCAGGCUCCAGCAGUGGCUGGACAUAGAUGCCACCUGCGCCCACAACAUCAUGAGAGGCACUCAGGCAGGGGUCUUCGUUGUAAGUGGAGAAGUACAGAGCGACAAAGUGGUGGUGAACAAGGCCUAUGCCUGGCAGAAGAGGAACAGGAACCUGCACCAGGCAGUGAGGAGGUGGAAACAUCACCGCUGCCCCGAACAGGCGGGAUGGAAGGUCUGAAAAAUCCCAACUCCAGCAAUAAGAAACUGCUCCCUUCCCUAUGGCUAGAAAACUCCUUUCCCUGGCAGGUGGUGUUUCGGAGAUGUACAGUGAUAUUUCUAGGUGAUUUGAAGCAGUCGUAGUGCACAGAUAGGGCUUCACUACAGAUCCCUGUUUUACCAAGACAGAGCUUAAGGAUGCAGGUUUAACAUGUUCCUCUCACAAUGCUCUGUAGAUCCAGGACAUGCUAGGUUCAGCUUUGCGUAGGAUCCAACAUCACAACAAAACUAUGCAGGUGAGGACAAACUAGAAGAAACCUUUAAUAACAGUUCCUUCUAGUUCUCAUUAUCAGAGCUGGUAUUUCAGAUUCAUUAUUUGACCCUGAGACAUUGAUGCUGUCCAAGUGCCUGCUUACUUUCUGUUCAGAUUACAUGAAAGCCUCCCUGACUGUGAAGUGAUACUUUUUAUUUAAUGGAGCAAAUACUUUACUCUUGAACAGUCUGAGGUAAAUUAACAGAGAGAGGAACUUGCCCUUGCUAUGCCCAGCCCCUUAAAAACUGCAUGCUGAACUCUGCUCUUGAGUCAGGCUGUCCCUUCAGCUUCCUGCACUGAGAGCUGAUCAGCAUCCACACAUGCAAAAGGAAACAGCCAUUCUCAAGCAGGAAAGGCACAGAGCAGAUAGCUGAGGGUUUCUACACAACAGGGAAAAAACUGUUUUUCAGCAUCAGAAAUUCAGUGUGGAUCAGAAGAUUCUGGUAACUGGGGAUAUCACAAGAACCUUGAUAAAAGCAGAGCAUGAGUGAGACAUCAGCUGUUAGAGCUCUGCUUUGGUGUGAACAGCAGCUUUGCUCAGGACUGGGAGGUGAGUCCCAGCCCCAGCACAGUAGGAUAUUGCAGUUUCGAUGUGGGAGCAGGGGAGAAUCCUUCCACAGCUGCCUGGCCUUCCACCUCUGCAUAAGGAAGAUAGAAAAUAUGGGAAAACUCAGUCUCUCUGCAGCUCAGUAUCCCAGUCAAGCAGGACUGUCACUCCCUGCAGGGGCACACACUGUGCUCCGGACCACAGAGCAGAAAAUGGCAAAUCCCCAAAUGAGGAAACAAGUCGGAUUUCUAGCGCCUAACAAAGCAUUGUCCACGGAAAGAUUUCUAUAUUGGCUGAAAUAAAAAAAAAACCCCAAAACCAACAAAACAAACGGAAAAACCAGCCUUUGGGAGGAAUGCUUUCUGCUUUGCUGCUGGAGGCACACCGGGCUGCUGGGGACACACCGGGCUGCUCGGGACACACCGGGCUGCUGGGGGCACACCAGGAUGCUCGGGACACACCAGGAUGCUCGGGGCACACCGGGCUGCUCGGGACACACCAGGAUGCUCGGGGCACACCGGGCUGCUCGGGACACACCGGGCUGCUCGGGACACACCGGGCUGCUGGGGACACGCUGCCUCCCCGUGUUCACAAGGCACAGCAGCAGCCCAGGCUGCGGCUCCUCCUCACGCUGCUGUGGGCUGGAACGAGCGCUCAGACACACGCACCGCAAUUCAGCUGCGCCUGACGUUUGUGCAGUGCUUAUUUCGCUUCCCUGAGGCUCAGAAGAAAAACACAGACAAAUUUCCUAUUUUUAUUCCUCUCCACUGCCUUGUUUUAGAAACUGCUGCCCAAUCCACUGCAUCUGCUGUCAGGUGGUCCCUGCAGUGGCAGUAUCUUCUGAACAGACUGCGUUUGGAAAACAAAACACAUAAAAGCUCUGAAGGUUGAAAAGGCUUUGUCUGAUGUGUUUUCCAUUAGUAGGGCUAUUUGAUUACUAGAGUUUCCCAACUGCAAACUGCACAGAUGGUCUGAUUUACAAGCUUUAGAAACGAUGCCUUGUAGCCAGAGGGGGGAAAAAAUAGAGCAGGGUUUUUUUCAUAGCUCUGUAAAAUACACUUGAGUUCCAUGCAGAUGUGACUCACAACUAAAAACCAAACCUAAAGUUCCCCAGCCCAUGCUCUGAAGCCCAGAGAACACAUUAAAUCAUUCAUGAGUGUCUGCUGCUGUGGUGGCACUGCAGCCUGCUCUGCUGAAAGCAAAGAUGACAGAUCAGGCACUUUCCUGUUUCCUUAAAUUGCACGAUGCAGCACUUCGUGUUAAAUCCCCAGAAACUCUUUGCUAAAGGCUUCUGUAUUCACCAAACACAACCAAGUUAAAUACACACUUCCACUA